AUGAAGCCGCCGGUAAAACGAAGGAAGACUUCUGUGGCCCAGACUAAUACAGACGAAGACGAUGAGUUGUUUAUUGAACCAGAGGAGAUCAAUCGAAGGAGAGAUCCCAAUGUUCAGCUCCAGCAGGGGAGGGACCGGGCUGCGAAUAGGCUCAAGUCCAGAUUUGAAAGCAUCUUCGCCAAGUACGAGAAGGAUUUCGAUGGCGUCGGCGAUGUGAUUGAUAUCAUGACGGGUGAGAUUGUGGAAGACAAUGGGCACUUACGGUCAAUGGAGGUUACCGAAGUCGGUCGUGAUGAGACAGGUGAGGACUCUUCAGACGAGGAGCAGGAUCAUUCCAUGAUGGGAGACAAGUACCUGGACAGAGAACCGAACCCAGAGGCAAUGGCAGUGCCGAGGGACCCAUGGAAAGGGCCAGAGAAGGGGCCAGAAUCCAGGUGGCCACAGAUGGGAAUGCGAGGCACUCCACAGCUGUCCUCACUGUUUGGGAAUGGGAACGCAUACAUGAUGAUGCCGGCUCCGCCAUUCCCGCCAUUAGACCUCGGACCUCCUUCGAGCGUUGACCCCAACUGGCAGGCCCCUGAGCUCCCGCAAUCUGCGUUUCUGAGUGAUGGCCACGAGCAGGAGCAGGCUCCACGGAAGGGCGUGAGAAAAUCUCUUCUAAGGCCACACAGUCGAGAUGCAGAUGACGAGGAGGAUGUACUGCUGGGCACUUCCGGCAGUCCGCUCCAGACCAAGGAGUCACCCCUGAUAAGACAGAAGUUCCCCGCGGUCGACAGCAGUCCUAACAACGACAACAGCCACUACAACUUGAUCAAGGACGUCAUAGAAAAUAUGCCGGAUACGCCACCCUCGAUUCGGAAGACACGGACUGCCAGAUCACUAGGGAAACCAUCUCCUUUAAGAAAGCACCACGCAAAACCAAGAAUAGCGAGGCGUCCACAGAAUCGCAAAGGAGGAAGGCGAAGCGAAGGUACAAAAGAGCUAUCGCAGGUGGAGAAGGCGGGUCAUGUUGAGACUGAGACCGAGUCUGUUCAGCAUGUCGAUGCGUGCCAACAAAACCCAGUCGAUCAGACGUCCUGGCAAGAUAGUGAUGUCGAAUUGUUUUUGGAUGUCACAGGGGCUGGUAGCAAGAAGCCAGCUAGACAACGGCUUUUCGUGGAUAUCAGCAUGACGAAGCAGAUUUCUCAGGGAACGUCUGGAUCAGUCAAUCGGAGGGCCAUCAAAGAAGUCGCCGACGAGGCUGUUCGAGUCUGCAAAAAAUCUACUGUGGAGUUACCAGUUCGAAUCAGUGCAGCGCUACACGAGGUCACGGCCAAGGGUCGGCACAGUCAAGCUACCUUGGAGGAUCGACAGGGCAAACAAACCGAGGAUUCAGGCAAAAAACCACGGGAGAAAUUUGCAAGAAACAUGAUGGACCCGGACUUCAUGUUCUCCGACGAAGAGACUCUGUUGCCCAGGAGGAGGGUCAGGCGACAGACAGGACCAACGGGCCGUCCUUUGGCGGCAGUGUUGGUUGAUACGCCAGGGUCCUCAGAAGCGCCGCACGCCCAAGAGCAGCCCUCAGAAGCAGAGCAGCAAAGCGAGCUGAAGCCGCUACAUACGCAGGUCCGCGCACCUCGGCGUCGCUGCUCCUCUAAGCUCGGUAGUGGCUCGGGCUCAGCUGUGAAAGACACCAUAACAGAGCAGCCACGGUCAGAACCCGUCGGCACAGACGCAUCUCGGGCGGCACAACAACAGCCUUCGACACCCCAAGCCAAGUCUAAACAGACCAUCGGCACCCCCGCCACAACAGCAAGCCUCAUCUCGCUCCUGUCCGACGCCGAGGACGACGAAGACGAGAUCUCCUUCGACCUGUCCGAGUUCACACCCUCGGGCCACCAUCGCAUCCUGGUCCACCGACCCUUGUUCCCUCGCCUUUCCACCUCCUUCUCCUCCUCAAUCAUGUCCAACAAAAACACCAAGAAGAAGACGAAGCGCGCCUCUCUCAACCUAGGCACCCACUCAACAAAGUCACACAAGUUCAGGACCCCGGCCAGGACCACACCGCUUGGUCCGGUCAGGGGCGCAACAACAGGAGAUGACACGAGGAAGAAGAUGAAGAAGGUGGAGGGAGGAAGGAGAACCAAGAAGCUUGCGCAGAGCGUCGUCCGUGUUUUGGGACAAGGAAGUGAAGUAAAUAAUGGCGGCACAGGCAGAUCAGCAAGUCCGGCAGGGUCGGUGGUGCAGACGCCUGGCGGUACGAGGAGGAGGUGUGGCGAGGAUGGGUGGACUUGUGAGAGGGACUUUUGUUUCAUCUGCAUGUAA